AUGAAUAGCCAUCCGUGUCCCAUUUCCCUGCUUCAACAUGGGAGGGACGACCCCGUGUUUGAUGUGCUUACCCUCAGCGACGACAGUUCAGACGAUGAACCGCCCGACCUCGACCAGAACUUUUACAAUGACGACGAAGAGCAUCUGAGUAAGGGCGAUGUGGCUACGGGACUGACCACGUGGUAUGUCCAGUCAUGGGAAGGCCGGGAGGCGUUCCGAGAACUCUAUCAGAACUGGAAGGACGCCAUAAUAUCAUCGUUCCAUCUUGACCCAAGAGCCUUUCGACCAGUCUUCAAAGAAACGCGUGCGCAGAUCCAAAUCACGGUCCACAGCAGCGUGACCCAAGCAAAUCGACCAACCGGCGAACUUCUGGGAUACAUUCGCUUCAUCCGCAGGGCUGGGACGGUGGAAUUGGCCAACUUUCAGGCAGAGCUUCGACGCAGCAAUCUAGGGCUGGGCAACUCGACCAAAGUCGGCAAUGAUGAGCUUGCAGGGUGUCACGGCGAGGGCUUCAAGUUGGCCGCCCUGGUUCUGCGCCGCCUGGGCCACUCGGUCAAAUUUGCAGCCAGCGAGUUCUAUUGGAACUUUGGACUGCGCGGACUGUACCGUACAAAUCUCUAUUGCCACUUGUCGCCAGCCAAACCGGAAAAGGUUGAGAAAAUGAAGGCAAAGUAUGCACUUGACCGUACCAAACCGAAAUUCAAGAGGACCCUCAAAUCACAUAUCUGGGAAGACGUGUCGGUCAAAAUCGGCAAGGCCAAGGGGGAUUAUGGGCUCGAGGUCUCUGAAGACGAGUUUCGUUCGUGGCUGACGGUUUCGGUCGAUCUCGAUUCGCCCUCCUCCGACAAUGUCGUCCAAACCCUCUCAGGCGAUCUGAUCCUCGACACCAAAUUCGCAGGGAGGAUCUAUCUCAAGGGGUUGCGGAUUGAAGGACAUAGCACUGGUUAUAUGUUCGGGUACAACUUUGCCUGUGGCUCUAUUGGCCGCGAUCGAACUCACCUGCGACACCAGUUGGAAGAGACGGAAAUCCUCGCCAAUAUUUGGGACCAAGCCAUUCAAACUCAGAGGCCUGAUUUGAUCGACGCCUACAUCAAACUGCUGCGUGAUAAGGAAGAUUGCCCCGACGUUGCUGUGACCAGUGACAAGUUAUCACAGGAAUCCGUGCACUUGAUUUGGGAGCGGCUGAAAACCAAUGAUCCUGACGCCUUCUUUUACUGCGAACGUGACCCUUCUCAACCCGUCGCCGUUGAUCAGGUUGAUUUGAUCCCAGCCGAGCUUCACAGAAGACCUGUUGCAGUCUCGCGUGCGCUGUGGCGCCUAUUGAGCAAGUUCUCGCUUGUUCGAACUCCUCAGGAAGAACGCACCCGGUUAUUCAUGCACUCUGAACCAAUAGACGCCGACAGGACACCUUUCAGUACCAAUGUCCUCCGUGCUCUCCUAGCUUCGUUAGCUUUGCAUCCAAAACUGCGCGACUUGCGCUUUAAGUUCGUGCAAGGCGGAGGCACGGAUCUCGACCUGGCCUACAGCAAGGAUGUUAAACGAAUUCAAAUCCACGGCAAGUGGUUAAGUUUCCAGAAGGUCCACGAACAUGGCCUGUGUGAGGUUUUGCGGUUGACAGCGCCUGGGUACAUUCGCGGAGAGGCGUUUUUCUGUGACCAUGUGGUGGAAGACUUGUUUGAUGCCCUCCUCUCCAAGUCGGGGAGCGAUCUAGGUAUUUCGAGCCCGAGCUUGCGUCGUCGAUUGCGACGCAGGAUGCGUGAUCAGCUCGCGCUCAUGCCUCGACUGGUCCGUGUUGCACGUACCGACGCGAUCAGAGAACUCGAGGUUCGCUGGAUUGGCAACGAAAGCGGACUUGUGUCAGCCAUCUGCAACAAAAAUAUCUGCUAUCACGUCACUCUGCACCGGGUGAGCACGUGCGAAGUGAAACGAAACGAUGUAGUUCAUGUCGAUCGCCGCGACAGGCGCACGUCCAACGGUCGCCCCUCGCGGUCUAAGCAGCCCUUGUGCGCAGAAUCCACCAUGGACUGCCACUGCGCCUUUCAAAUUGUCCCUAGGACCGACUCGAUCGCAAUUUUCACCGGGUUAGACCCGCAUGAAUUUUAUUUCCCCAUGGUCGCGCGAGUGGAAAACGGUUCCUUUUUGGCUGCUCCGCCAGCACCCGUGGCACCACGCGGGUUAUCGUUGUCUCUAGUUGACACAGAAAUGGAUAUCAGUGAAGUCAACGGUAACGAAGAGGUCGUAGGGGGUCAGGACAUGUGCGUGUCCAAACCGGAGCUUGAUGGAACCAAUGGAGAUGUCGUGGAUAACAGUCCUGAAGUUGCCGACAACGGAUCUUCAGCAGCAAACCAGCAGAUGAGAAAGGCCAUCCGCCGCGAAGGAGUCGAGAUUUCUUUCGAGAAGGUGGAUGAUCAGCCCGGGUUCGAGAAAGACGACAGUGAAUGGCAGCGGUGGCAUGCUGAGGAGUUGCCAGGAGCAUUUGCUAAAUUGGUGGCACGUCGGGAAAAACAUCAUACACCGACGUUUCACCCCGUGGCCAGCCUUGAGUGCGCACACCUGGACUUCCACUUUGUGAAAGAUGAAUAUGCACUCGUCCGCCUCGGCAGUGACAGUUCCUCGGAGAAUGUCAUCUUCAUCCACGAUAUCUCUUAUUGUGGGGAGGAAGAUGAGGCUUCCACGGCAUAUUUAUUGGUCACCAAGUAUUCAAGACUCUGGUCGUGUUUUCCUGAUUCCAAGCCCCUCGGGGUUGACAACAACGAUGUGGUCGCCAAUCAACUAGAACUGUUGCUUCAUUUCGAAGACUUCGACAAAAUGGGUUUGCGAGAUGACGCUGAAGUCAUUCAGCUAGGUGAUAUUGUCUCUGCGGCGGAUCUGAUGGCUGGCUCCAACACUGUCGUCACUGGUGUCGACCAUGUCCUUCAACCCCCUCCAGCCUCUCAUCUCCUUCAACGCCGUGACCGGUGGCCGGCACCUCAGUUUGACACCACUUCCAGGCCGUCUGUUGUGGACUUCACGCCCGGCAUACUUGGGCCUGCGGAAGGAUUUUCGCAAGCUGGCUUCGACAUUCGGGCUGCUCUUGGUUUUGACCAAGAGCGCCAUUUGUCUUGGAAGAUCCGACACGCGCAGAGUCAAGUGUAUGAUGGCCCACCGAGGAAAGUCCUCGACGACAUCUGUUCCGAACAGCUCCACCCCCUGUCAACGCCAAAUCCGGCACCACCAAACAUUGCGCUGGUCGCAGGGGCAAACGCUCCUUUUCGCCUGAAUGAAACGAAUCAAAAGAUGUCAUCAGCAGAGAAUUUUGUCACUCAGCUCGACCUUGUCAAUAUGGCUCUUGAGGGCCCUAGCAAGCCUGACUUUUUGGUAGUGCUGAGCUCGCCGGCCGUGCUCCACGCAUCAAUAGUGCCACGGUUUUUGGCAACCAUAGUCAAUUUUCUCAAGCAUAGGCGGUCCGUCCACAUGAGGCUCUGCCGCCUCAGAGAGCAUGGGCUUCCGCAAGAAAGGAACCUGCUGCUCUUGGUGGCUUCUCCAUUUUGCGCGCCGCUCCCCUGGUAUCUGCACUGGCCAGCCUCUUCCAGCAGACCAGAAACGAUCACGCUCCGCGACCUGAUUGGCGAUCUCGACUUUGACAAUCCUCGCACUGGGGCGGGACCAGAUCGAGCAUUUCACUCUCCUGCAAUCCCUUACCCUGGCAGCAUCCAAGACGGCAAGACCUCCUCACUGUGCGGGAGAUGGCUCGGCUCCAAGGUUUCUCCGAUGAUUUUGUUUUUUACCAGUCCACAACUGUGCAAUAUCAAGAUGGAGCGCUCAGGGCUAGAGUUGGCAGCCGUUUGGACGGUCAACGAGCUGGAAAAAGGCCCAGACAAGACGGUGGAGAUUGAAUGCCUGAUGUCAACUCAGGCGCUGUAUCAAGAUCGAAGAUAUCUGAAGGGGAUGUCGUAG